AUGAGGAAAGAGAAAAAGUAUAGAGAAAGAAGAGAGGAAAAAAGAGAGGAAAAAAAAGAUGUGUAUGUAUUAAAAGAAGGAAAGAGGAGCAGGUCGCUUCUCCUCCUUCAUGGAGGAGGAGCAGCAAUCUGCUCCUCCCCCAUGGAGGAGGAGCAGAUACUGAAUAUUCCUAUCAGUAACAGUGACGUAGAUGAUGGGUGGCGUUGGCGGUUCGAUCCAAAGGGCAAUUUCACGGUAAAAGGCUGUUAUAGGGCUAUUUGUGGGGAAUUUAUGGGUCAUCAGAAUGAUAUUUGGAGCAAGAUUUGGCAGCUUCGGAUCCCUCUCCAUGUAAGAAAUUUCCUACGGCGUGUUUGUAAGAAUUUUCUUCCAACGGCGGAAACAUUAGCGCAGAGAAAAGUGUAUGUGUAUAGCCAUUGCUCAGUUUGUUCAGCAGAUGUUGAUAAUGCACUCCAUUUACUGGUCCUUUAUCGGAUGGCGGAGGCUUGCUGGAAAACUGUAAACACGCCGGUCUUGCACGACGAGAUGAUUGUGGUAGAUUGUAUGUUCAGCUGGUUAUCAGAGAUGGAAAUGGAGGAGAAAACCUCUUGGCAUGGACGUGUAACAUGGCUUCCUCCAUAUGAAGGAUGGUUGAAUGCUAAUUAUGAUGCUGCAUGCUUCUCCAAUAAUCAUGGAACAUGUUUGGGAAUGAUGGUUAGAGAUUAUAUGGGCAAUACUGUUCAAGCUAGACUUGUUAGAGUUCAUGGAAAUGUAUCUCCAAGAAUGGCGGAAGAAAUGAGUAUUCUGGAAGCGUUGAGUUGGCUGAAGGGGUACUCGAAUUUGAUUAUCGAGUUGGAUGCAAUGGAAGUUAUUUUAGAAAUUAGGAAUCCCGAGUUGUCUGAGGAUAUCCUAUUUGGUUAUUGUGCAAUUAUGGCACAUCAGUUUAGUAACAUUAUUUUUACUUUCGUGAGACAAUCUGCGAAUCAGGCAGCGCAUAUUAUGACGCAAAAUGCCCAUUCCAUUUCAGAUCAUUAG